AUGUCGGGAUCUCCACCGUUACCUCCAAAAGUCAGCCACGGGGUUGCCGAGCGGAGUCAGGGAACGUAUCAGGCGACGACACGGGAUGUGUAUCCUAGCGUUCCGGCAUCACAGAGCGAGGAGACGCAGCGCCCCUGUUCACGAUGCAUCAGCACUAACAAGGAGGGUGCAUGCGUGGACGUCCAGCAUAAGAAACGAGGGAGACCCCGGCUGCGAGACGACAGCCAGGCGAAAUACGAAGGUGCAAGGUUUGGAAGCGCUGCGGAUGCCAUGAGGAGGCCGCUGUCGUCGGCAUUUGCUCCGGGGCCGUCGCUGGGUAUGGUUUACGAUGACCCUCUUCGCCGCACCCAGUCGUACCGCGUGCUGAAAUCUCAGCCAGCCGAAUCGAGCGCACCAAGGUUCCCGGAGCGCGGGUUGGCAUCCGAUGCCAACGUUUACCCUGCUCCACUAUCCAUCACGACGACCCGAGUCCCUGAAGAGCCGGUCGCAUACUUGACGGUCGGGCAUCUCGAGUUUUCGAAAGCUUCCGCUUCUUUUCUCAGCGCGGUAGGACGGACUUCGGUAUCGGGACACAAUCUCGCGAAUGUCCUGGCGGCCGAGGAGGGGCCAAGGGCUUCCAGACUGCUGCAGCAGGCACAGGAGGAGCAGAACAGGAAAGACCCUGCUUACCUGCCACCAAUACUCAACGAGCGGAGUGAGACGGUGAUGCAGAGUCUUGGGUAUGGUCCUGAAGAGGUGUCGCGCUACUCGUUUCAAUGGGCGGACACCUUCAAGUUCCUGGGCGAUGACGGACAAGAGCGUUCCAUUCCAGUGCGUGCUGGUUUGGGGUCGCGGGACUCGGUGUACUUCGUCGUGCUCUUGUUGAAUCGGCCGUCUCGGCCGUCGUAUCCAACACCAUCGCCAGGCUUCAAAGACCUGGGGAGUUCCUUCGAGCCGGGCCAUCAAACCUACCCGCAGCCGACACCUUUCUCGGCGACGUUUGAUCCGAGGCCACCGCGGCUGCGCGAUCCCGGGUACGAUCCCAGGCAGCCCGGCCCCUCCAGCGGGUCGUCGCUGCACAUGUUGACGGCACGAAGCCCGAGUCUUUCAUCGGGAUACGGCGUCUCGCCGAGCAGACCGGACCACCCGCCUACGUCGAGAACUUAUCAAGCUCCACGAACCGAGAUGCACCCGGUUGGUCGCUCGCCCCUGCCGCAGGCUUCAGAAUACCAGCACCCGACACUCCCUAGGAUACGAAGCCCGCCGCCUGCGGGCGUCUCUCUGCAACCCGAAUCCCCCCGAGCGCAUCUGCAGCCGCAGGCGCAACCGUCCACCCCAUCUCAAGCCCGUCGGGAGGAACGGUCCCGCAUAGGCAUCGGAGGCCUCCUUGAAGAUCCCGGACCAAACAGAAGCCCGUGA